UUUCAGAAACAAAACAUAAGAAAGCAAAACCCCUGAGCUUCGUACUUUAAUCGUCAGAACAGCGAGAAGACUUCUUGCCGGUGAAGAUCGGAGGUUUCGCCGGCGCCGGAUUUUUUCUAUUUCAGACUUCGAACUUCAAUUGGUAGAUAGUAGAAGACGUUGUAGAGAGAGAAAAAAAGAAGCAAAAUCCGAUGAUGGGAAGCGAUUCAACAUGGGUAGGAAGAAAACCUAUGAGACGACUUGGUGGAAUGUCUGAUGCUCUCUCCAUUGCUGCUGAAUUGGGCUUCUCUGUACCUCCUCCUCCUUCCCAGGAGGAGAUCCAAAACUUAUCCACCACCACUGGUGAAAAUGGUGAUGAUUUGAUAAGGGUCUUGAAGGAACUUACUGCUGUUCAAAGGAAGAUUGCAGAUUUACAAGUGGAACUUCAAGGUCGAAAGGAGGACAAAAAUGUUGCUCAUCUGACACAUGUCAGUGAAAUGGAAAAGAAGAUUGAAACAUUGCAAAGGAUUACUACUAUUUUGAAGGACGUUAUUCAGAACAAGGACCGCAUAAUUGCUCGCCUUCAACAACCGUAUUCGUUGGAUUGCAUUCCUGUUGAAGCUGAAUAUCAGAAACAAUUUUCAGAAUUGCUGAUGAGGGCUGCUAGUGAUUAUGGUGCUUUAACGGCCUCCGUAACAGAUUUUCAGUGGAGUCAGAAUUUUAAAGAACCACCAACAGUAUGGGGGGAAAUGCUUCGUCCAAUUCCUGUUGCUUUGGCUUCCAGCACCCGAUUCUUUGAAGCCAUGUCUGCUAUGAGAGAGUCAAUUGCAACACUGCAUGCUUUGAGAGUUGGUCAUUCUUCUUCCUUGUCUACAACACCAAGCAACGAUCCUAUUCAGACAACACUUGGAGAUACUGAUUGCGUGACUCCUCCCCCAUGGAGAACAGAAUCAAGCUUUGAUGAUUUAGCAGUUGGAAGCCUGAGAAGGCAAGAGAGUGAGCCUCAAGAAGGUAGUGAAAUUGAAAAAGGUGAUAGUAUGAGCCACAGGAGAUUGUCAUGGCCUCCUUCAGUUAAAAACAUCUGACGGGUUUAUCCCCAUUUCCAUGAAUUUGUUGUUUUGGUUCUCUUUGUAUUCCUUUAGUUGCUUGGAUUAUCGGUGUCUGACGGGUGUGUUUUUCUUUUCUUUACUCGAUUGAAGGAGAUCCCUUUAGUGAAUUUCCCAGGACAUCUGUUUGGUUUUAAUCUUGUAAAUGUAUUCCUUAACUGCAGCAAUUGCUGGAACUGUCCAAAAUGAAAAGAUGUUUUUUCACAGAU